CGGGGGGAAGCCUGGAGGCGUUUGACCCCGGUGCUCACGGGUCCCAUUGCUGCCAGCUGUGCCCGGGUGAGCCGGGGCUGCCAGUCUCGUCCCUGGGGUCGUGGCAGCCGCUGGACCCCCCAUCCAGGCACCCUGCAAGGUGGGCUGCUGUGGGCUGAGCAGGGCACGGGGCAGGUGGAGCGGGGCUGGGGUGUUUACUUUAACUGCUGUCACCCGGCCAGGCGCUGCCGGGAACUGCUGUCCACAGGGACGGGGGUGGGAACGUGCGAGAGUGUGCGAGAGCCGGGGUGUGAGAAGGAAACGCACUCGCUGCAGGGAGAUCGGGAGCGAGAGGAUAUGUGCUGGGAGGUGUCCUGUGCUGGUGUCCCCCGAAGGGAAGCCUUGGGGGGCUGCUGGGGUGGAGGGUUAUCUGAGCGUGGUUUUCUGGCACUCGCUGCGUGCCAGGGAAGCGCACGUGUGUACACGCAGGUUUGAGGGUGCACGUGGUGGGUGUGCACACAUCUGCAGUACUGGGGGGACACACACAUUCAUGUGGGCAUGGGGAUGUGCACCCCACGCCAAAGUGACCAGUGAGAGCUGACUUUGCCGGGGAAUGUCAGAGCCAUGCCAGGGCAUGGUGCUGAACAGGCCCCUGGUGCUCCUCCUACCCAGAGAGGGGGCAUCUGUGGGUGCCUCACCCAGCCCACUCCCAACCAAUACCCCUGGUGACACAUGGAUUAGCCACGACCCCUGUGAUCCAUCGCCCUCCCCAGCUCAUGGGGAUCCCGUGAACCACAGCCAUCCCGGCAAUCUCCAGCUCCUCAAGCCACCUCUGGUGGAUGCAGGAGUCAGAGCAUGCCUCUGUGGGAGGGUGAACAGGGAUGGGGUCUCACUGGGUAAAGGUCACCAUGCAUGAAGUCCACCUCUGGGAGAGGGUCACAAGGAGUAUGGUCCACCUCUGGGAGAGGGCUUUUGGUGGCUUUCAUACCUGGCUGCCACAGCCAGGAGCAGAACCUCAUUAGGGCUGAUGGUCCCAGGGCUGUCCAGUGCUGGGUCACUGAAGCCAUCCCUUCUGCAGGUACCCUGCACCCCUGGACAGGCACAGCUGAGGCACUGACCACUGAGGUGCUGGCUGCUGAGUGCUCAGCCUGGAGGCAGGUGAGCAGCCACGGAGGGCGCCCAGGGACGCCCUUCCCGUGCCCUGAGCCAAGGGAGGAAGCGGCCGGAGGCAGGAAGCCUUCCCCCGGGCCCGGGGCCCCUGCUGCGACUUUGCUGGAAGGUCAGCGGCGACACAACAGGAAAUCGUGCUGCCUCGGCUGGGCGGCCAGGCCGGAGCCACAGAGCCGCGCCGUGCUGUCCUGGGCCGCUCCCGGCCUCCGGCCCUCCGUCCUGGCUGGGCGGCUCGCGGGGAACCCGCGCCACCACUGCCCUCCAUGGAAGGGGGACGGGAGCCAGGGAGCAGCCGCUGGCCCCAGGGUGGAAGAUGCAGGGCCGAAGCCCCCAGCUGAGCAUGGAGCUGAACAGACUGCUCCUCCUCACAUCCUUCCUCCUGCACGUGAAAGAGGACCGUGCCAGCCCAACACGGCUGGUCUGUGACAACAGGCUUAUCCAGAAGUACAUCGUGGAGGCCAAGGACAUGGAGAAGAGAGUGGACCAGUGCCAGGCCCUGCCUGCACUCAGCUGCCCUGCAGUGCUGCCCUUGGUGGACUUCACUUUCCAGCAGUGGAAAUCCAAAUCGAACGAGACCAAGCGGCGGGAGAUCCUGUGUGACCUGGCCCUGCUGGUGGGUGCUGCAGCAGGGGCCCAGGGCCAGGUGAGCGACGAGUGUGGGGCCAGGCAGCUGAGCCAGCUUUACCGACAUGCCAACUCCUUCUUCCUGCUCCUGCAGACCUUCAGCUGGGAGGUGAGACCUCCCCACAUGAACCAGAGCAUCCUGGCACUGGUUCCAGCUGGGCUGGGUUGCAUGCAAUGGUGUUUGUCACCCCUCUGUCCCACUCUUGCCCCUCAGGCAGGACACUGGGAGUCCAGCUGCUCCCCAUACUCCAUGGAGCAGACCCACAUCACCAGCAUUUUCCUCACCUACCGGCAGCUGGUACAGGGCAAGUUGCGCUUCUUCUUCUAUGACUUGGCCAAGGUCUUGUGCAAGCAAGGACAGGGGGACAGCAGAGACCCUCCAUGCGGGGCCCAGGGAGGGUGCACACAGGGUUCAACCACGAAGUGAUGCUGGAGCAAUCCUGCAGGACACUAAGCUGUGCUUUGGGUGCCCAGGAAGAUGCCCACAGGAAAAGGGUUGGCACCUGUUCCUUGAGUCUUUAUCAACCGUGCAGCGCAUGGAGGCAAACAGUGACACUCAUGUGCCAGCAGGCACAGGCCCUGCUCCUAUCUGGGCAGGCACCUCUACUGUGAAUGCUUUUCAAUUAAAGAGCUAUUUUUCUAAA